AGGUAGUGGCGUCUCUUGAGCCAGGACUGCACAGCUGCUCCCAGGCCUGCCCCACUCCUCAGGGGCCCGCGGGACCCCUGGGGCCCUGCCCUUGUUCCCCACAACCAGGACAGCUGGUGCCUCUGGCCACCAUGAACACUGUUCUCUACAGGGACAGCCAGGUGCGGAUAAUGGAGAGCACAGUGACCAACGCCGAGAAGCACUUCGGCCAGUUCUGCUCGCUGCUGGCUGCCUACACCCGGAAGACAGCCCGGCUGCGGGACGCGGCCGACCGGCUCGUGCUGCAGCUCCUCGAUUUCGCCAGCACCGAGGGCCCCGAGAUGCGGGCCACCCUGAGGGACUUUGCCGAGGACCUGGCCAAAGUGCAGGAUUACCGGCAGGCCCAGGUCGAGAGGCUGGAGGUCAAGGUGGUCAACCCCCUGAAACUCUACGGGGCGCAGAUAAAGCAGGCGCGGGCCGAGAUCAAGAAAUUCAAACGUGUCCGGAAUAAUGAGAUCAAACAGCUGGAAAAGCUGGAGAAACUGAGGCAGAAGUCGCCUUGGGAUAGGCAAACGAUCUCCCAGGUGGAGACCAGUGUGCAGAAGGCCUCGGGGGACACCGGCCGCACCACCCACCAGCUGGAGGAGACGGUAGACGCCUUCCAGAAGCAGAAGCUGAAGGACCUGCAGAAAAUGCUUUCGGACUUUGUGACCGUUGAGCUGGUGUUCCAUGCCAAAGCGGUGGAGGUGUACUCCAGCGCCUUCCAGACCCUGGAGGACUGCGACCUGGAGAGGGACCUGGAGGAUUUUAGAGCCAAGAUGCGUGGAGUUUACGGCCGUUACGAUGCUCGGCUGCUCACGGACACCACCCUCUCUACGGCUGUUCCGUGGUCUCUCCCUGGCCAGAGUUCUCAGAGCGCCAUCUGGAGCCAGAGAAAAGAAGAGGAGGCGAGUGAGGACGACUCUGCAGAGGAGGACCUGGAGGACCCGGAGGACCCGGAGGAGGGCCCCAGGGAAUGGGGCAGGCGCUCUACCAGCAGGACCAGAGCGCCCCAGUCAGAACACUAGGGGCCAACCCUGGGUGCCUGGGGGACCCUGUUGUGUGCCCUCAGCAAGUUACAUGUUCUCCGGGCUUCUGUACAACAGGGACAAUCUUACUUACCUCCCAGGUCGCCCUGGGGCUCCACGUGCCUAGCGUGUGCCUGGUGCGUAACAGGUGUUCAAUAAACGUGGGUGCGUCCCAGCCUGGCUCGUACUGACUCUCACUUCCCACCCGGGUCUGGGGACUCGGCGUUUAAACUGUGUCUGGGUCAGUGUCCAGUUUCCCUCUUUUUGUAAGGACACCAGCCCUGCUGGAGAAGGAUCUGUCCUAUCCGGUGUGACUGCAUCCUAACUAAUUACAAAUGAGAGUCUCUUUCCAAAUAAGGCACAUUCUGAGGCCCUGGGAGUCAGGACUUCAA